AUGAGCGUCCAGGUGCAGUCCGCAACCGACCCUGGUCUCACACUGUCGAAAGAUCGCUGUGAACCUGGCUCCGUCAACAUCCCGCUGUGCAAAUGGCCCCAAACGGCACAGUCUACAUCGGUCGAUCCUGAUGUCGUUGCUACAAAGAUAGCUGAAUCAAUCAACACGGCCUUAGAGAACGAGGACACAAAAUCCAUUGCAGAGCUGUUUCUUGAAGAUGGCUAUUGGCGAGAUCACCUUGGUCUUUCCUGGGACCUGCACACACUCAAAGGAAAGGACAAGCUCACCAGCUUCCUUGCUGACAACGGUUGCCCUUUGACGAAGAUUGAGAUCGACAAGACCACGGCGUAUCGUUCGCCUCAGCUGGGAGCCUUUGACGGCACUGGCGAAGUCAAAGGUAUUCAGUUCUUUUUCAACUUCACCUCCAAGGUUGGGAGGGGUCAAGGUGUCGCUCGUCUGGCCGAGAGGGACGGGCAAUGGAAGAUUUUCACCUUCUUCACCACUCUACGCGAAAUUGCGGGCCACGAAGAAAACAUCGGCCACAAGAGGCCCAAGGGGGUCGAGCACGGGGAAAGGAUGAAUCGAAAGAACUGGCAGGAGAGGAGACGUGAUGAGAUCGACUUCAAGGAUCGGGACCCCGUCGUCAUGGUUAUUGCAGGUGCCGGCCAGGCUGGGCUGACCGCAGCAGCCCGUCUGAAGAUGCUCGGGAUUGCUGCCCUGGUGAUCGACACCGAAAACACCAUUGGCGACAAUUGGCGGAGACGGUAUCAUCAGCUCGUGCUCCAUGACCCGGUGUGGUACGACCACAUGCCCUACCUGAGGUUCCCGCCAAACUGGCCGAUCUUCACCCCCAAGGAUAAACUCGCUGAGUUUUUCGAGUCGUACGCCAAAUUAAUGGAGCUCAAUGUUUGGGUCCAGACGAACAUCGAGUCGACUUCGUGGGACGAGGGCCAGAAACGGUGGACCGUUACCGUCAAGCGCACCAAAGAGGACGGCAGCACCGAGACCCGUACCUUGCACCCCAAGCAUGUCAUCCAGUGCACAGGUCACUCUGGCAAGAAGAACUAUCCCACCGUGAAAGGGAUGGACGGGUUCAAGGGCGACGUGCUCUGCCAUUCCUCCGAGUUCAAAGGAGCGCGUCCCGAAGGGAAAGGCAGGAAGGCCGUGGUAGUUGGGUCCUGCAAUUCAGGCCACGAUAUUGCUCAAGAUUUCUACGAAAAGGGAUAUGACGUCACCAUGGUCCAGAGGUCUACCACUUGUGUCAUCUCCAGUGAGGCCAUCACCGAAAUCGGCCUGGCUGGUCUGUACGACGAAAACGGUCCCCCCGUUGACGACGCGGAUUUGUGGCUACACAGUCUACCCAGUGAAGUCCUGAAGGCCCUCCAGGUCAAGGUCACCGAGCUGCAAAACAAGCACGAUGCGAAAAUCCUCGAAGGACUCACGAAAGUCGGUUUCAAGAUCGACAACGGACCAGAGAACGCAGGACUGUUCAUGAAAUACUUCCAAAGAGGCGGCGGAUAUUAUAUCGCUGUUGGCGCCAGUCAGCUCAUCAUCGAUGGCAAGAUCAAGAUCAAGCAGGGCCAGGAAAUCGACGAAAUCCUGCCCCGCGGACUUCGCUUUGCCGACGGCAGCGAAUUGGAAGCCGACGAGAUUGUGUUCGCCACAGGGUACAAGAACAUGCGCACGACAGCAAGGGACAUCUUUGGCGACGAGGUCGCCAACCGCGUCGGCGAUGUCUGGGGGUAUGAUGCUGAGGGCGAGAUGCGGACCAUCUGGAGGAGGACGGGCCAUCCGGGGUUCUGGUUCCACGGCGGCAACUUGGCGCUGUGCCGCUACUACUCGAAGCUGUUGGCAUUGCAGAUUCAAGCGCUGGAAGAAGGGAUUGCCAAGUAUUGA